AAUGAUAGUACAAAUGAUACGUACUGCAAGUCUGCCACAUGUACGAUGCAAAGCCAUAUGAAAAGGCAUCCUCAAACAUAAAACCCAAACCACAGAUACCACUGGCGUGUGCUCUCCUCACUUGCCUUGAAACCAGAGCUUCAUUCCCAAAAGAGAAAUGGCUGCUUCAGCUGCUGUAACCGCAAACUACGUCCUUAAGCCACCUCCAUACCCUCUGGAUGCUUUGGAGCCGCAUAUGAGCAAACAAACUCUGGAGUUUCACUGGGGAAAACAUCACAGGGCUUAUGUGGACAACCUCAAGAAACAGGUUCUUGGAUCCGAGCUUGAAGGCAAGCCCUUGGAGCAUAUCAUCCAAAACACUUACAACAACGGCGACCUCCUCCCUCCUUUCAACAACGCUGCUCAGGCGUGGAACCACGAGUUCUUCUGGGAAUCAAUGAAACCCGGUGGUGGAGGAAAACCAUCAGGAGAGCUUCUUGCUCUGCUUGAAAGAGAUUUCACUUCUUAUGAGAAGUUCUAUGAUGAGUUCAAUGCUGCUGCCGCCACUCAGUUUGGAGCUGGCUGGGCCUGGCUUGCUUACGCAGACAACAAACUCAAAGUAGUGAAAACUCCCAAUGCUGUGAACCCCCUUGUGCUUGGCUCUUUCCCAUUGCUUACCAUUGAUGUCUGGGAGCAUGCAUACUAUCUCGACUUCCAGAACCGCAGACCGGAUUACAUAAAGACAUUCAUGAACAAUCUUGUGUCUUGGGAGGCUGUUAGUUCCAGACUUGAGGCUGCCAAGGCUGCUUCUUCCUGAGUCAUCAUCAGACUUAUUCGGACCAAAAUCUGACUUCAGUUGUGUAUGUUAUGCAUUACUGAAGUUUCUGAAUAAAAUAUUGGUCGCGGUUAAUAGGACUCUGCUCUCUUGUUGUAAUGUCUCAUCGAGUCUUUCAUCUGUUUCUUGUUUACUGAGAUUUUAAUCAUCGUGUAAUAAAGAACUACCAUGUUCUCUUCUUUGUGUGGUUUGGUUUUUAUCUAUUUAUCUUUUUGUGUGCAA